AUGGUUGAUAUUGUUGUUUAUGGAAGUAUUGUGCAAGAUUUAGUAAGUUACACGGAUCGAUUCCCACAACCAGGCGAAACCAUAAAAGGUACAUUUACAACAUCACCAGGAGGAAAAGGUGCUAAUCAAGCCGCUCAAGCUGCUAUGUUAGGUGCUACAGUAUGUAUGAUUGGAAGAGUUGGUAAAGACGUGUUUGGAACAAGUAAUGUGGAUAAUCUGAGAAGUUUCGGCGUAAAUACUGAAUAUAUUGACGUUAGUGAGAGCGGAAAAACUGGUUGCGCCACAAUAAUCGUUACAAAGGACGGUCAAAAUUCGAUAGUGGUUGCACCAGGUGCAAAUCUGGAAUGUUUAAUAUCACGGAUUGAUGAAUUGGAAGAAGUUGUCGCUAGCGCAAAGUUGGUACUUUGUCAAAAUGAAACAGCUUAUGAAUCCGUAAAAAGAAUAUUUGAAUUAGCCAGGAAGCAUAAUGUGCAGACAUUCCUGAAUUAUGCUCCAGUUGAAGAGACUUUCGUUAAGAAUAUUUUGAAAUUGGCGGAUAUAUUAUGCGUAAACGAAAUAGAGACCGAAUAUCUCACAGACCAGCAUAUUGAAUCUAUUGAAGAUGCGCAGAAAACUGCCAGGAAAUUACUGGAAGCUGGUCCACUAAUUGUCAUUUUAACGCUUGGUGCGAAAGGUGUCACAUAUGCUAGCAAACAGGGCGAUUUCGGUUAUAUAACGGUACCGACGGUUAAGGUUGUUGAAACUACGGGUGCCGGUGAUAGCUUCUGUGGUGCAUUUGCUUAUUUUCUGGUGAAACGACCGGAAUUAGAGUUAAAAGAACAAAUCCGACGUGCCGCAUACAUUUCUACCUUCUCAGUACAGCAAAAAGGUACACGUGAUUCAUUUCUAUGGCCAAAAGAUCUACCUCCGAACUUAUUCAUGUGA